UUAUUUUUAUCUUCUCAAAUUUUAAAUCUUGAAUCUCCCUCUUGGGUAAAAGGAAAACUCACACUUUAUAUAACUAAUAGUUUCGUCAGUGUUCGUGCCAGUAUUCUUGACAGUGUUUCUGCCAAUGUUCUUGACAGUAACCUUGACACUGAUCUUGACAUUGAUUUUGACAAUAUCUUUGACAGU